GGAAAAGCCACAUCAUUAUUUGCAGACAUCAUCGGCCACAACUUUCUCACUAUGACUAUAUUCGGGCCUCUAGAAAAAACCAGAGAGUGGGGGGUAAGAUCAGCCGCUUAAUGGUCACACGUGAUCCUCGGCCACUUUCCACGGUUCAUCCUCCUGGUGUAGAAGGAGAAUGUAGUAACUUGAGAGACAAUAUUUGCAUGUUCAGCUUAUCCACAACCAAUCCAAGACAGAUUCUAAUCUAGCUCGCCUCUUUCACUUCUGCGGCGCGCGGCAACCUGAGAUGACAUCGGGUCAAGAAAAUGGGCGGCAUACCGUUUCAGUCAACCGGAUGCAAUACAUGCCGGCGCCGAAAGGUUAAGUGCGAUGAAGCCAAACCAGAAUGCUUCCGGUGCGUUAAGAACGGCCAUUUCUGCGCCGGUUAUGGGCGGCCAAGGGUUUUCAUACAUAAAUCCUCCAAUGCAAUGGAGGAUGGAGCGCAAAAGUUCGCUCGGCGUCCAAAAGCUCUCCUGGACGGUCCUAGGACUCACCAAGUAGACCAGGCGGGACCCGGAAUUCCUCAGCUGAAUACUAAUGUGGAGGUCCGAUCUCAAUUGUUCCAGUCCUUCAUAGACAGAUACCUACCCCAAUCGCAAUAUAUAUGCGACAGAACGGGGAAGAAUAUUCUCCAAACCCUUCCAGACCUAUCCGGAAGCAGCUUGCUCCUAGACAAAGCGGUCGUUGCUCUCUCCACGGCGUUUUUAGCAAAACAAAAUCAAGAUAGACAUUUACUGCAGAGCAGCACUGAAAUCUACGGGGAUGCCAUUCGGAUGCUACAUGGUAAGAUAAGCUCGGGGAGAACUCUCGGAAACGAUAUCUUGUAUACCACGAUAAUAUUCCAGAUAUACGAAUUAAUCAAUUGCUCCCCUCCUGGGUUUGGGGCGUGGAUUGCUCAUGUUCAAGGGAGUAGUGCGAUCAUCAACCAGUGUUCUGGACCAGAUGAUGAAACCGCUGCCUCCAGGCUCUUUCGUCGUCAACUCAAGUUCGUCACUUUGUGCGAUGCGAUUGGAAAACGCAAAGCACCCACUUUGUACAACCCCUGGCAGGAUAGCUCGUUGCAAGACACAGAUAGUCCUGAGCCCAUAGAUGAGCUUAUUGAUCGGUUGGCGGACUGUUCCGUGUUGAUGGAACAAGUUGACAGCCUUCUCCAGGAGGGGGCUGAAGGCCACGACCAGAUUCAAAACACUGGGCGAGAAUUGUUAUUCUCUUGUUUCUCUUUAGAGGAGACACUUCAUCGAAUCUGUUGCAUGACACAGAAGGAACUCGGGAAACCUUCAGUAUUCCCUGCUCAUAUGACUUGUCGAAAGGAUUUUAGAAGCUCUCUCUUCACCGAAUUAUUGCCCGUACCCUUUCAUUUCCCGUCUCUCACGUGUGCAGAGGCUCAUCUAAUAUACUGGACUGCAUUAGUAUUGCUCUAUCCUCUAAUCGACCAGUUACUCGAGGUUCUUGAACUUCCGGCAGACCAUGUCUCUCUGGCUAACUGCUACUCAACUUUUGGCGAGGACGCAAACUCUAGAGUCACGCCGAAUUCUGAAAUCACAGCCGAUUUCACUACCCUUGCCGAACACUAUGCUGACCAGGUCUGUCGCUCUGUUAUCUACUGUUUACAGCCGGAUUUGAAAACUUUAGGCGCCCAGUUACUGCUUGCCCCCUUGAGUCAGAGCGCACAGUUCUAUAGCGUACACGAGUUUGCCGAAAAAUACCGGUGGUGCCAGGGAGUGUUUGUGCUUCUGCCUCAACUAGGUCUUGGUAUCGGAUAUUUUCUGAAGGACAUGGUUUGGCCCAAAUACCGUUUUUCGCAGAGGAGGUACUUGUCUCCCAAACCAAUAUCGCCUGAGUGAGAGCGAUUUUGGCGAUUACAGCAUUUCAACGCCCGUGCAAACAAGAUAGCAAGACGUCGGGUCACGCCGGGUACGACCAGAAUAAGCCGACCGUGCAAGCACAAAAGCUUGGCU